UACGACUUAAUUUUAAUCUAUUUUAUAUUUUGUAUUUUAAUAGAUUUCCUAUACAUAUUUUUUAAAAAUGAUUUUCUUUUCUAUUAUAACGUGUCUAUUUUUUAAUUAUUCAACAGUAAGUACAUCUGUAAAAGAACGCCAUUGCAAUUUUUCGAGAUACAUAUUGAAUUAUUUCAUACACUGUGAACGAUAUUUGUUACGCCUCAAUAAAACUGUAGAAAAUAUCUCUGAAGAAGACUUAAAAAAAUAUGGAGAAGCAAUUCAGUCUCACAGUAAUAUCAUACUAUUGAUGCUUGCAGAAUUACAUUGUUUGGAAUGUGAUUAUUUACCUAGAGAUUUGAUGGCAGUAAACUUGUAUUUAAAUAAUGUAUCAGGAUCAGUCAAUAUAAUUAGUAAAAACAUAUCUAAUAAUAAUACAAAAGAAAAUAAGAUAGUGCUAUUACUGGAAGGGUAUCAGAGGAUUCAUGAAAAUAUUUCCCAACAGUUAUUAAAAUAUAUUAAUUAUCAAUGUACUGAUGAGGUGGAGUUACUAUUUGUGAACUAUCCAAAAAUUAUAGAUGAACAUUGCAAUCUAAAUAUUGAGCAAUUAGUUUUGGUAACAAAGGAUCUCAAAAAUAAAAUUAUGAAAGAAAUAAAUAUUAACUUAUGUACACGUAACUCAAAAAAAUUAUAUAAUCCAAAAAAUGUGAUACUUUAUGAUCUGUUCUCCCAUCAACCGAUUGUAAAUGAAAAGAAUUUUAUGAAUGGUUCUCAAAAGAGACAAAUUAAAGCAAACAUAACAGACGAUUACUUAGAUCUUCUUCGCUAUACUCCCUUACAUUUAAAAUGCGCUGAUGGUAGUAAUUUAACUUUAUUAGAUGCAUUUCGAUUUAUAAAAUUCCAUUUUUACCAUCAUCAUGUACAAUCAUUUCAAAAACUAGUUAGAUACUCUAUAAUCUAUCCUAAUUGCGCAUUAUUAGUCCAAUAUCUUAACUUUAUUACAAGUCUUAAAACAUCUACUAUAAAUUCAAUCUUUUACUAUGAAAACAUUCGUCCAUGUAUUACAUUAUUAUCCUACACGGUAAUAGAAUGUCUAAACAAAUUAAAAGAUCUAAAUAUUUUAAACGAGGCUUCUGAUCAUAUAGUUACUGACAGUACAACAAAAGUAAAAGAACUUUUGCAUAAUUUUAAUAAUUGGCCAAUUAGAGAUAAUAAUAUAAUAAGUAAUAUUUUUAAAUCAUUAAAAAAUGUGUUGUUUGACAAAGGCAUAAAGUAUGAAAUGGAAUUCACUAUCAUUACUACACAAGAUAAUUUCGAUGAUAACUACAAUAACAUUCUUAAAUUCAGUAUGCAAGUCAAAAAAUACAUUAAGCAACUAGCAAAAUAUAAAUAUUUGCUUAAUUCACAAUUUAGUUUGCAUAAAAAAAUGAAAAGAGGCAAUUCACGACAAAGAAAUUUUUUAACUAAUGAAGUUAUUGAAAAUUUAUGCAAAGAUGAUUUAUACAAAACUUUAAAUAGAACACAUGAUUUGGACGAAAAUGAAGACGAUUGGGUAAAUGAUGAUAAGUUUGCAGAACUUGGUUUUGUCAAAAUCGAGACAUCUUUAUCUAGUUUUUACAACGAUGCAAGUAUUGAUGGCGAGGCGAUCAAAUUGUAUAAUGAAACAUUAGAUGCGUCAACAUAUGUCUCAUGUUACAUGGUUGAUUAUUUAAUGUAUACGAUAGUUCCUACCAGUUCAAAUAAUAGAUAAACAUAAAAUAAGUUGAAAAUUUAAUAUUCAUUAAAAUUCAUAUAAUGUGUAAUAUUAAACUCAAAACAUAAUUAUAAUUCAGUGUUGUUAAGUCCGUGAUCC